AAUUUAUUGUCGCUUCAGCCUUUUUCAUCUCACACUCGCCGUCAACUUCCAUUGCAAGAAUAGCGCAGAAGAGAGCUCGCGAGGAGGAGAAGAAUGGUGCUUUGGGAGAUGACGUUGGCAACAGCCUACUUCUUAGGGCUGAAAAGAACGUAUAGGCUCGCGCUCGGGAUUCAGAGGCGCUUGAUUGGCCCCAACAAUCCUCGGCUACGCCAAUUUCUUCACCGGCGCACACGCACCAUCUUCGACGUUGUAGUCAAAGUUCACCAGAAUAUACAGCAUAGAGACAUUCAAGCUGGCCGGAACCUUGGCAACUGGGUUCUCCGCUGGCUCGACCGCAUGAAACCAUCUGCAGAAAUACGUUCCCAUUUGACAUAUGGGCGGCGCAGCUACCCCAUUCCCAAGCAAAUAUCAAGCCUCAGCCAACUGACCGUCUCCCAGAAACCAUACGCAAAGCUUGCAGAUAGGGUAUCGAAAGGGAGAUUACUCUUUGCUCGAUGGAAUCUGAUGGCAAAGUACUCUCCAGCUGUUUCCAUGAUGAUGAUGCAGCCGAUGAAGUCCCUUGGCAUGAACGGCCAACUCCGGCAGCUCUGUGGCCAUGCAUACCAGAAGCCUGUAAAUGGAUGUAGUAGCAGAUAUGAAGGUGUUUUCCGCCAGGAUAUUGCCAUCCUGAUGCAGCGAAACUAAUGGGUGGUUUAGGCUUCGUUUGGGAUGGCUUUCAUUCUGAUUCUUAGUAUAAAAUCUUAAUUUUUCUGUUAAAAAGUUGCUUUAAAAAGCAAUAAGAAAAUUGUUCCAAACGGAGGCUUAGUUUUCUUUCUUUGCUAGUCGGAUUUGAGUUUGUAUAUCCUCAUUUGGUCUUCUUCUGUUGGACAGUUUUCUCUGAAUUAAUGCACUCCGUUCUUUCUGAGGGAUUGAUAAACAA